AUGGCCGCUCAUAUUGAGCUGCCGUUCUUGUACCAGACACGGACCAUUCUGCGAUGUCACUGUCACCCGAGAGUGAGAGUGACUUGCACCACACCACGACGGAGACUCGUGUCAAGUCGACCGCAUCGGCAUCCGCAUCCAGAAACGCCCGGCAACCACGACGCCCCUGAGUCUGACAAGGACAAGAGCCAUGGCGGCUUUCUCAGAGAAAAGGCCCGGCAGGUGGCUGGAUCUUCGAAAGCGCCCUCGUCCAUUCCCGACACCGUGGGCACCCGAAUCAACUCGACCAUCACGGCUAGUGAGCGGAGAGCGUUUGAGACAAUCCUGCGCUUCACUCCCAAACAAGCCGAGCCGUCUAGUGUGAAGCAACGAUCUCCCUUUGUCGACGCUGUCGACACCGACGUUGAAAACAUCCUCAGCAUCUUCUCUUCUUCCAUAAAGAGCUACCAUGCCGACCGAGACCGAGAUGAGAGAGAGGCUCGUCGACAAGAGCCAGAGCCGAAAGCCGGUCCUUUCCACGCCUUGACCUGCGAACCGUCACAGACGUUUGCCAGAGAACCAAAGGUGGGAGCACUUGAUGCCGAAGAAUCAGCAUCAGCAGCCACGCUACGUCCAGAGCGAGUCGCGCCAGAGACCACUGCACAAGCAACCAAACUGCAGGAAGGCCAAUCCCGGGCGCCAGAAAGGCUGGACGUCGACACGGAGGCACCGAACCUGCCUCUCAGCGAGCCAUCCCUGGAAGAAAUCUCCCGGUCGCUACAGCUCUCGCGCUUCGACGCGUCGAUCCAGCACGCGGUGCGGACUCGCAUGACCGAGAUUGCCGAGGCGCUCCAGAGCGCGGCAACAUCGACGACCAAGCGCGGCGACCUUGCCAUGUGGGAAGUGUGUGAGAGACAGAUCUUCUCGAUGGCGAGCCACCUGGCGCCGCCGCGGGAGAAACGGGCCAAGCUGGCCGAGCCGCCCCGGUUCACGUUCACCAAGGCACACUCGGACAACGCGCCCGAGCUGAUAGAGGCGGCGGCGCGAGCGUCAGCGUCGGGGCAACAUGGCGGAGCGACGACGGACCCGGUGGCGUCCAGCCUGCACGAGGCAACUUCCGCGUCCGCGUCCACGGCGACGGCCACGACGAGUCUUCCGGUGCUGCACCAUGUGUACCCUGCGGCGCUCCUGCUAGCGCUGCGGCUGUACAUCCACCACUUCCCGGGGUCGCCGCUGGCGCACGACCUGCUGCCGCGGAUCCGGGCGUUUGGACACACGUCGUACGUGCUGGGCGCGGGCCCGCAGUUCUACAACUCGCUCCUGUCGCUGGUGUGGCUGACGCGCUCGUCCCUGCGCCAGGUCGACGGCCUGCUCGCCGAGAUGGAGCGCGGCGGCGUCGAACUGACCGAGGAGACGUACCGCAUUCUGCGCCAGAUCGAGGACGAGCGCGCCGCCGACCUGGGCCGCGAAGAGGGCCACGCCGGCGUCCUGAAGGGCAGCAGAGGCGGCGCUUGGUGGAAGAGGCACGAGCAGGUCUUUUGGUUCCCCCGGAUCUUGGACUGGCUGGCCGUCGUGGCCAAGAGGCUGACGAUGAGGGACAUGGCUGAAGCACCUCUACAGUGA